AUUUCCGACUAUAGUACGGACUACGGACGUCUUGUAACACGAAUAUUCAUCAAGUUUUUCAUAAUAUUAUUAUUCAAUAAUUAAUUAAUUAAUUUUGUAAAUUGUAAUUCAGCGCAUUUUUAUUUAUUGAUUGCUUGUGGUCAGUACGCCACUAUAUUGUGUUACAUAUGGUUUUAUUUUUGCCAAGCAUCAGAAACGCGGUGAUUAAUAAAGUGUUAAACAAAUACAAUUCAUCAUACUACAAAGUAGUUUCUGUGUCAACGCAGUUAUCGAAAUCAAUAAGUACCAUGAAGAUUGGAACACAUGAUGGAGUAUUUCAUUGUGAUGAAGUCCUUGCAUGCUACAUGCUAAAACAACUUCCUGAAUACAAGGAUGCACAAAUUAUUAGGUCAAGGAACCAAGAAACACUUAAGACAUGUGAUAUUGUAGUCGAUGUUGGUGCAGUUUUUGAUCAUGACUUGAAGAGAUAUGAUCAUCAUCAAAGGGAAUUUAGUGAGACCUUUAGUAGUUUAAGGCCAGAAGUUGGUGAUAAAUAUGAUAUUAAAUUGAGUUCAGCAGGCCUUGUCUACACUUUUUAUGGGGAAAGAUUAAUUAGGCAUAUGGCCCCUAUUGAGCAUCCCUUAACUACAGAUAAUCUUCAAUUAAUAUACAAAAAGGUCUAUGAAAAGUUUAUUCAAGAAGUAGAUGCCAUAGACAAUGGAGUACCAAUGACUUUAGAGGAACCAAAGUAUAAAAUAAACACAUAUUUAAGCAAGCGAGUGGAAAGACUGAAUCCACAGUGGAAUAUACCACAGACAUUGAAUACUGACGAAUUAUUUGUUAAAGCAAUGAAUCUUGUUAGUGAGGAAUUUUUACAUUCUCUAAACUAUUUAAUAUUAUCAUGGCUUCCAGCUAGGGAUUCUGUUAAAAAAGCUAUAGAAGACAGAUUUCAUAUACAUAAAUCUGGCAGUAUAAUUGAGUUUACUGAACACAUUCCAUGGAAAGAACAUUUGUAUGACCUGGAAGAAGAGUUGGGCCUGAUUAAUAAAGAGAUUAAGUAUGUUUUAUUUAAUGACAAGCCUAAGUCUUGGAGAGUACAAGCUGUUGCUGUGAGUUUGGGUAGCUUUAUAACCAGGAAACCAUUGCAUAAAAAUUGGUGGGGUGUCCGUGAUCAAAUUCUAAGUGAUGUGGCUGGAAUUGAAGGUUGCAUAUUCUGUCAUAGUACAGGGUUUAUUGGUGGAAACACAUCAAGAAAUGGUGCUCUUGCAAUGGCUGUAGCGAGUUUAGAGGCAGCGGAAUGAUAAGCCGUCUUAAUAAUUGUUUAAAUAUAAAAUAAAAUCACAACAAAUGCUUCAGAAA